AUGAGGCCCAUACUCUUGCAAGGCCAUGAGCGAUCGCUCAACCAAAUCAAAUACAACAAGGACGGCGACCUCCUCUUCUCGGUCGCGAAAGACAAAGUCAUCUGUGCGUGGUACACCAGCAACGGAGAGCGGCUAGGAACGUACAGUGGCCACCAAGGCGCAAUCUGGACUGUGGAUGUAUCCCCGAACACCGAACUUCUCGCCUCCGGGGCGGCCGACAAUACGAUAAAGCUGUGGGACAUUCGAACAGGAGAAUGCGUGAAGACGUGGGAGUUUCCCACCGCUGUUAAGAGGGUUCAAUUCAGUGAAGACGGAAAGCAACUGCUCGCAGUCACGGAGAAGAGAAUGGGAUACCUUGGGACUAUCGUGGUCUACGACGUUCGGUAUGGUACUGAUUUGACGGACCAGACGGACGAGCACAGCUUAAAAAUCACCUGCGAAGAAAGCAAAGCCACAGUAGCCGGAUGGAGUUAUCUGGACAGAUAUAUCAUCUCGGGACACGAGGACGGAACCGUGUCGCAGUGGGACGCAAAGACUGGCGAGCUUUUGAUGAGCAUGGAGGUCCACGAGUUCGACACGACCAUCAACGACCUGCAAUUCUCUCCCGACCGCACAUACUUCAUCACCGCCGGAAAAGACAAGUCUGCUAAGAUUUUGUCCACGCGGGAUCUGAGCAUUCUCAAGACUUACGUUGCUGAUACACCGCUGAACACUGCUGCCAUCACGCCCAAAAAGGACUUUGUCAUUCUAGGAGGCGGUCAAGCGGCCAUGGACGUUACCACCACUUCAGCCAGGCAGGGCAAAUUCGAGGCUCGAUUCUACCACAAAAUCUUUGAGGAUGAGAUCGGUCGCGUAAGAGGUCACUUUGGUCCGCUGAACACCAUCUCAGUCCACCCGCAAGGCAUCUCAUAUGCAAGUGGGGGCGAAGACGGGUACGUCAGAAUGCACGCUUUCGACAAGUCCUACUUCGACUUCAUGUACGAGGUCGAGAGGGAGCAAGCACGGAAGUAG